CUCUCACUUAUAUACUCCCGGGUUGGAGACUUGCUGUUGCACAUUACCCUAUUCUCUAAUCAUCCUUCGACACCAUAACAGAUCACUCUGGCUAGUGACUUAUUAUCAAAAUGCAGCUGACCAAGACUCUCCUCUUCGCCCUCGUCGGCACCGCCUUCGCCUCCCCCAUCGAGAAGCGCCAACUCUCCGUCAUCCAGAGCGCCGUCACCUCCGUCCAGGGAGCUCUCACCAAGCUCAACACCGCCGUCCAGGGCGUUGGUAACGAUGCUGCAUCCGCACAACCCAUUCUGGCUGCUUCCACUGAGGUCCAGGACACCCUGACAAAGGCCGCCACCGAUAUCCAGGGUGCUCAGUCUCUUCAGCUCCAGGAGGCUCUCGGCCUUCAGCAGACCGCCACCGAUCUCACCUCUUCCGCAACUACCUUGAUUGACAGUCUCGUCUCCAAGAAGUCCAACUUUGACCAGAUCGGUGUCUCCAGCGUCGUCCUCCAGAACCUCCAGCAACAGAAGACCGCCUCCGCCAGCCUCGGAACCGCCAUCGUCUCCAAAGUUCCCGCUAUCGGCCAGGGCAUCGCACAGCAGAGCAUUGACCAGAUCACUGCCGCCCUCGACAAGGGCAUCCAGGCCUUCUCCGCUGGUGGUGCGUAG